AAAAAUAGUUAGGGUUACGUGGGGACAGUCAAGUUUCACACCAUGGCAUUCCCGUUUCUGCGAGCAUUCGUCACACUCUUUCUCUAUCGUUACACUCGACUCGUGUUCAACUUGUUCUCCUUUUGGUCAUUUAAGCCAAUUCCACCACCGGAGAACCCCAAACUGACAUCGCAAGAUGUGACGGUGAUCAUUCCAUCGUUGGAGGGCUGUGGCGAUGAGCUGGUGGAGACAAUCCGGACAAUUCUCGACAAUCACCCUUUCGAAUUGCUCCUGGUGACAAUCGAGGCCAAUCGCACCAAGGCCGAGGAGAUGCUGAGCGCCAUGCCAGCAUCCAAAUCUCGAAUUCGUUUGUUCACAGUCAAGCAUCCCAACAAGCGCCGUCAAAUGACCGAAGCUAUCCCCGAGGUCCGAACCGACAUUACCCUUCUCGCCGAUGACGACGUGAGCUGGCCGCGUACUCUCCUCCCCUGGAUUCUGGCCCCCUUCGAAAAGGACGAGAAAUACGGUGGAGUGGUGACCUGUCAGCGAUUGCGCCGGGCGAUUGCGCCGAGCCUCUCACAGCGAGUCUGGGGCUUCUUGGGUGCUUUGUACCUGGAACGACGCAACUUCGACUGCGGCGCGACUACGCAUGUGGACGGUGGACUUCCCUGCAUGUCGGGACGGACGGUUGCGUAUCGGACACGAAUUCUGCAGAAUGAGGCCUUCACCUAUGCUUUCACCAAUGAGGAGUGGUGGUGGGGGAAGUACCAACUCAACGCCGACGAUGAUAACUUUAUCACCCGUUGGAUGGUCUCGCACGGAUGGGAAACUUAUAUGCAGUACCACCCAGAGGCAGAGGUGCUGACAACUCUCGAGGACAACCCUCGUUUCUUGAAGCAAUGCGCCCGCUGGUCCAGAAGUAAUUGGCGGAGCAAUCUGACUUCGAUGUUUCACGAAAAGCACAUUUGGCAUCGUCAACCUUGGAGCGCUUAUGCCGUUCACCUGACCACUUUGUCGCCGCCUGCCUUUUUAGGCGACAUUUUACUUGUCUGGCUGUGCCACAAGGCGACUGGAUCGUGGGGAGAAUCAUUGCACGAUCAAUCCAUGACUAUGCUCUACCUCUGGAUCUUCACUAGCAAGUGGAUUAAGCUGUUGGGUCAUUAUCUUCGCUAUCCAGUCGAUGUGCUGUUGCUACCAGUCUCGGUCAUCUUCGGUUAUUUACACGGUGCAAUCAAGAUGUACGCCGUAAUGACAUUGAAUGUGACAACAUGGGGUAGCCGUGAUGGCGCCGAUGAUUACGAUGCUGAGCGUAUGAAGAAGCGGACGGAUGCCGAUCGAAUGAAGCAACCGUACUAUCCGCAAUAUCUCAUUAAAUGAGUUCUUCGAUUUUUUACCGAAGAUCCAUUUCCUGUUCUACUUUCCCUCGGGGAUUGGUCUACCAUAUCCCUUUGUACUGGGAACAGGGAGAACUUCUAGCCCAUUGACUUGGCCCUUUAUAUCAUGACGAAACGCCGUGACGACACCCAUAUGCUCUGCUUUGAUUCUAGAUCUGCCCUGGUUUUAUCCCUUUUCUUCUCCAAACCUUCUACCCUGGCCAUUCUGCCUGUGUCGCCAAGUUGUCGAGAGUGAUACGAGCUUCGAAGUGGCAAUGCUCUUCCUCUCCAACGUCAGUUCCUCACUAAUGAGUGUGGCGUCUUUACUUCUUCUGCCCAAUGUUUGUCUUUCUCUGCACAUGAUUGCCUGGUUAUCAAAAACAAAAAUGGUGGCCGGUCUCCAUUCAUCGAGGCUUUUUUCCCCUUCUCUUCUUGUAAAUUACAAAAGCAUGGGCGGAUGUCGUCGUUUUGCGAUUGUUCUGUGCUUGACUCUUUGCGUCUCAGUUUGCUUUUCAGCUUUGAUUCCCCUGAGUUUUCUGUGAGAGCUUUUUGUCCUUUUUCUUAGAUGCAAGGUGGUAUUCUGAACUUUUAGUUGUUUUUCUCUUUUGCUUUUACCAAACUGCAGAUAAUCUCUAAUUGAUUCGAAUAUA